AUGAAUAUUUCAAAUGACAGUGCCACGACAACUCCCGUGCUAUUUGUCACAGAUCCUGUCAAUAUCACUAGCGCAGUUGCUGUGGGUCUCGUGAUAGUACUUACUAUAUUUGGAAAUGCAAUCGUAUGUGCAAGCUUCUACACAUUCCGAGACCUUCGAACAAUAUGUAACUAUUUUAUCAUAAGUCUCGCAAUAUCCGAUAUACUAGUAGCAAUUUUGGGGAUGCCAUUUUGGUUAGUAUUGCAGCUUACCGAUUUAUCAAACAAGACCGUCAUUCAGGGAGAUCUUUAUCUCUUUUGGCAAUGCAUGGAUAUUUUCUUUGGCACAGCAUCCAUAAUGAACUUGGCAGCGGUUAGUGCUGAUAGACACGUGGCAAUCACUGCCCCAUAUUCAUAUCCUCAUGUAAUGACAUCACGAAGAGCUUUGCUUAUUUUGUGUUUUGCAUGGAUUUAUGCCGUCGUAGUGUCCAGUCUGCGACUCCUGGAUAAAAACUGGAUACGAACCGGUGGAUAUCAAUAUAUGGUGUUCAUAGCGAGCUUUGCACUUCCGCUGUUAUUUAUGAUCGCGAUGUACGCUAGAAUUUAUGUUGUAGCUAGACGCCAGGCUCGUCGAAUCGGUCGUAACAGGAACUACACUACAGACGUGAAAGCCGCGAAAACAAUAGCGGUGGUGAUUGGUGCGUUCGUUUUCUGUUGGGCGCCUUUCUUUGUGUCAGUCAUUGGCUACAUCAACAACAAGAACUUUUAUCCUUUGGAUGUUCACAAGUGCGCCAAAUGGUUGGAAUAUGUAAAUAGUUGUUUAAAUCCAAUUUUGUACACUUGCUUAAACAAAACCUAUCGCAGGGCCUUCAAGAGACUUUUUACUCGAUGGCGUGGACGGCUAGAAAGAACUCGAGAAGAGUCACUCACUACGAUAGGAACAUUAUCUAGAAGGCUUACCUUACCUAGAGGAUCCAUUUUUGCCACUCAUGGAGACACGUUUUCUAGCUCGUCCUCAAAAGAGCUUAGUAAUGGUGAAUUAAGAAGGAAGCUUAGUAGAAAAAGCAGUGUUAAAAGAAAAACAGAAGACCCUCCUGUUACAUUUAUAUGA